AUGAUGCAGACACUGGCUCUCCUGCUGCUUCAGGCGGCAUUCGUUUUUGGAUGUGGCACACCUGCUGUGAAGCCUGAUACCAGCAGGGUGGUGAAUGGAGAGGAUGCUCGCCCCCAUAGCUGGCCCUGGCAGAUCUCCCUGCAGAAGAAACACGGCAGCCGUUUCCAUCACAUUUGCGGAGGGACUCUGAUUGGACCUCGUUGGGUGCUGACUGCUGGACACUGCAUCUGGCCCGGAGAUGUGCUCCGUGUGGUUUUGGGAGAGCACGACAUGAGCCAGCAGGAGGGAACUGAGCAGAUCAGAGAUGUAUUGCGCAUCAUUGUCCAUCCCCAGUGGGACAUCGACUUCGUGGCUGACGGUAAUGAUCUCGCAUUGCUGAAAUUGGAUAAGAGCCCCAUAAUGACUGACAGCGUUGGCGUGGCUUGUCUUCCUGAGGCUGGAGAGAUCCUCGCCCAUGGGACCCCGUGUUUCAUCUCCGGCUGGGGCAACCUUUACACCCACGGCCCCAUGCCUGAUAAGCUGCAGCAGGCCUUGCUGCCUGUGGUGGAGCACAGCGUGUGCAGCCGCAGCGACUGGUGGGGCAUCAACGUCAAGAGCACCAUGAUCUGUGCGGGAGGAGGCGACGUAUCUGGAUGCAAUGGAGACUCCGGCGGUCCUCUCAACUGUCUGGGACAGGAUGGCAGGUGGUACGUCCAGGGUGUCACCAGCUUCGUUUCCUCCCGUGUCUGCAAUGAGGUGAAGAAACCAACCGUGUUCACUCGCACGUCUGCCUUCACAGAGUGGCUCAGUGACGUCAUGCUGCGAUAUUGAGGAACUACUGGACACCAAUUGACCAAUAAUAAGGUCCCAAAUCGAAAUAUUUUCUCUAUUCAUUUUAAAGUUUAACAUCACAGUCAGACACAGAGCAACAUGUCUUUCAUCAUAUAUUUAAACACUU